GGUGCGUCAGAGCGCAGUUGGAGAAGCGGGAGCGCAGGAUCGUGGCGCACAGCUGGACACACAGUGGGCACACCGUGAAAUUUCACUGCUGGAACUCACCGAACAAAUCGUAAUUAUUCACCGAGCAUCAGGCCGAUUAGUGGAACUCUGCAGGAAUAGUGACCGGGAAACUUUAGUCUGGUCCUGAGCACAACAGAACAGCGCGACACGGAAGCAGGAAUCAGAGUGAGACCCCUGCCGCCCAGCUCCGAGCAAGGCCCGAUGCGUGGAUGUGUGUGAACAUGUGUGUGUGUGAGUGGCUUUAAACGAGUGUUUGUAGACUGCUGAGUGCCUGUACUGUGUGAGGAUGAGGGCCGUCGUCGCCGCCGCGCUGUGUCUCCUGGUGGUCACAGAGGUCUCGGCCUCCCGGUUGGUCCGGGACACCCUGGGCAGCCCCGAAGCUUCAGAGCCCUCCAAGAACAACGCCUCCAUCCCGCUGCCGCCGCCGCAGCUGGGCCGGCCACGGGGCUCCUUCCCCCCCAUGUGCAUAAAGCCCACGGAGAUCAAGCACGCCUUCAAGUACGUGAACACCAUCGUGUCGUGCCUGAUCUUCGUGGUGGGGAUCAUCGGGAACUCGACGCUGCUCAGGAUCAUAUACAAGAACAAGUGCAUGAGGAAUGGACCCAACGUCCUUAUCGGCAGCCUCGCUCUGGGAGACCUGCUUUAUAUCAUCAUCGCCAUCCCCAUCAAUGUUUAUAAGCUGAUAGCUGAGGACUGGCCGUUCGGUGUUUACGUCUGCAAGUUGAUGCCGUUCAUCCAGAAAGCUUCGGUGGGAAUCACCGUGCUCAGCCUGUGUGCCCUCAGUGUGGACCGCUACCACGCAGUGACAUCAUGGAGCCGUGUGAAGGGGAUGGGGAUCCCUCUGUGGAAAGCAGUGGAGGUGACUCUGAUCUGGCUGGUUGCCGUGGCGCUCGCUGUCCCCGAGGCAUUGGCUUUCGACAUGCUGGAGCUGCCGUAUAGAGGCAACAAGCUGCGUGUGUGUCUGCUGCACCCAGAACAGACAACCAGCUUUAUGAAGUUCUACCAGGAUGUGAAAGACUGGUGGCUGUUUGGCUUCUACUUCUGCUUCCCAUUGGCCUGCACAGGAAUCUUCUACACACUCAUGUCCUGUGAGAUGCUCAGUCGCAAAAAAGGCAUGCGCAUCGCCCUCAACGACCACAUGAAGCAGCGGAGGGAAGUAGCGAAGACCGUGUUCUGCCUGGUGUUGAUCUUCGCUCUCUGCUGGCUGCCCCUUCAUCUCAGCCGUAUUCUGAAGAAAACAAUCUAUGACCAGAAUGACCCUAACAGAUGUGAACUGCUCAGCUUCCUGUUAGUGAUGGAUUACAUAGGCAUCAACAUGGCCUCCCUAAACUCCUGCAUAAACCCGAUUGCCCUCUACUUUGUCAGCCAGAAGUUUAAAAACUGCUUCCAGUCCUGCCUGUGCUGCUGGUGCUACAGAACAUCUCCGCUGGAUGAACGAGGUUCAGGAGGACGCUGGAAGGGCUCCUGUCACGGGAACGGACUAGACCGCUCCAGCUCCCGCUCCAGUCAGAAAUACACAAGCUCUUCAUAGACCCACACAUACACACACACACUCAUUCACAUUUUCAGCCAAACUCGUAUUCCCAUCAGCUCCCAUCAGGGAGAAACAGCUGCCACUGCCAACAGACCAGUGAGGAGGGAGAAAUGGAGCAAAGUAGUCACAACUACAGGACUCACAGGACUCUGAUUGAAAAAAGGAUGGACCUAAA